GGCGGAGAGGCCGCGCCGAGAAGUCUCCUCGUGGGUGUCGCGGAGGAGCUGCUGUCGGGACGGCCAUGGCGCCGGAUGGGCAGGCAGGGGCCAGCAGCAGUAGCUCCAACGCAGUGACUCCCGAAGGAUUGCGGGGCUGGAUCCGAGGGGCCUACCGCUUUGCCACCGACCGCAACGACUUCCGCAGGAACCUUAUCGUUAAUCUGGGUCUUUUUGCUGUGGGAGUCUGGGUAGCCAGAAACUUAACAGACAUCGAUUUAAUGGCACCACAGCCUGUUCCAUAGUAGCAAGGAUGUGAAUGAAGUAGAUCUGCAUGAAGUCUGAACUUUCCACUUGUUAUAUGACAAAAUGAGUUGCAGUUGGUCAUCGUGUUGAUAAUACAUGAGAUGGAAUCUUCCAUGCAGCUUCUAUUCCACGUAAUUAGAGGCAUCGGCAGCUGUAGAAUUCAAGUAUGGAGGAUUGGAGAUAACACUGAAGCGACAUUUUACCUGUACAAUUUUUCAUUCUAUUCCAUUCAUUUGCUUGGGAGCAAUGAUUCCAAGUAGUAACAUACCUUAGGUUCUAUUUUUGCCAGAGGCAGUUAUUUAGAAUGUUAGAAAUUUCUUGUGCUGAUGAAAUUAUCUUCUAUACUAAGAGUUUAAUUCUGAAUUGAAGUGUGAAAUAAAGACAUACUAAUACAA